AUGCCAGCACAAAAUGAAGAUAUAGACGAUGAUUGGGUUCUAGAAGAUGAUGAUGACCCAGAGUUCCAGGCUAUUUUAUGUGGCAAUCCUCCACCAGCAAUAAACAAUGGUUUACCGCAGAGAACUUUAGAAGGACGUGUAGCCACAGGUCAAACCCCACAAAGAGAUCAGUAUGAAGAGAUACCCGUACCGAAGAAAGUAAAUCUACCUACUCAUCAUGUCAUGGAUUUUGAGAAUUUAAAGACUUAUAUAUACCCAACCAAUUUUGAAAUCCGUGACUACCAAUUCAAUAUAGUUAGAAGAGCAUUUUAUGAUAACGUACUAGUAGCACUACCCACUGGUUUAGGUAAGACAUUCAUUGCUUCCACCGUCAUGUUAAAUUUUCUACGAUGGUUUCCGAAUUCAAAAAUCAUAUUCAUGGCACCAACCAGACCAUUGGUCGCACAACAAAUUAAAGCCUGUUGUUCAAUAACUGGGAUUCCAAGUUCAAAAGUUGCAAUUUUACUAGAUAAAACACGUAAGAAUCGUGCUGAAAUUUGGGAUUCUCGUCAAGUGUUUUUCACUACACCUCAGGUUGUUGAGAAUGAUUUGGUAGCUGGUACAGUUGAUCCAAAAUCAAUUUCUUUGUUGGUCAUUGAUGAAGCGCAUCGAGCCAAGGGAAACUUUGCUUAUAAUAAUGUUGUUAAGUUUUUAGAUAGGUUCACUUUUUCCUACAGAAUAUUGGCGUUGACAGCAACCCCGUCAUCAGAUGUUGAAGGUGUACAAGAGAUUAUCAACAAUUUGAAUAUCUCCAAGGUUGAAGUUCGAACGGAACUGAGUAUUGAUACUGUAAAGUAUAUGAAGAAAAAGAUCAUAGAGAGAAAAACAAUUCCCCCAUCUCCAGAAAUUGAAGAAUGUAUUGAUAUGUUGGCAACUGCAAUUGAACCAGUUUUGAAAACGGCAAAUGAAAGAGGUUUGUUAGAUCUUACUGAUCCCACGAAGAUCAACUUCUUUCAGUGUAAUGAGUUAUCUCGAAAAAUGACAGCCAAUCCAAGUAUCCCUGAAGGUUUGAAGUGGAGUAAUUAUUUUAUAUUGCAGCUUCUAGGAAUUGUUGGUCAGUGUUACCGUAGGUUGAAUAUCUAUGGUAUCCGUUAUUUCUAUGAGUAUUUCCAUGAAAAAUUCACAGAAUUCAAGACUAAAUGGAAUGCAAAAAAGUCGACGAAUAAGCUCAAUGCAGACUUUUACUUUAGUGAUACUAUAACAACGUUAUUGGAAAAAGUUCCUAAAAUGAUUGAGGACUGUGAAUAUAGUCAUCCUAAAAUCGAAGCAUUGAUGAACGAACUUAGUGAUUUUUUUGAGCAUCAUCAAACAGCGGAUUCCAAAGUUAUUAUCUUUACUGAAUUUCGUGGUUCUGCUUUAGAAAUUGUUCAGAGUAUAGAAAAAGCAGGUGAUAAUAGAAAACCACAUAUUUUCAUUGGUCAAGCAAAGGAGAAGGAAAAGUUUGAUGUUGAAAACUUUGGUAAGAAAAAGUCAAAACAGAAAGGAGGCAAGAAACCGAAGAAUGAUGAAAGACCAUCGGGGAGAACAAGUUCAGAAGCGGCGCAGAUUUCAGGGAUGAAUCAAAAGGUGCAAAAGGAGGUUAUCAAGAAGUUCAAAAACGGUGAAUACAACAUAUUAGUUGCUACUUCUAUUGGGGAAGAAGGUUUGGAUAUUGGUGAAGUUGAUUUGAUUAUCUGUUACGAUUCAACAUCUUCUCCUAUUAAGAAUGUCCAAAGAAUGGGUAGAACUGGUCGUAAACGUGAUGGUAAAGUUUUAUUGUUGUUCUCUAGUAACGAAGAAUCUAAAUUUGAUAAAGCCAUGGGAGGAUAUGAGUAUAUUCAACAACGUAUUAUGAAAGGCGAUUUGUUCCAACUUCGACCACAGAAUAGGAUUAUACCCGAGUCAUUCUCACCGGAAGUCGUGAAAACAUUUAUAGAGAUACCAGAGGAGAAUAUUGAGAUAAAAGCAGAAGAUGAUGAAGACCAAAUUAUCAAGAUUGCAACACUGUAUAUGUUGGGCCAAAAAGGGAAAAAAGGUAGGAAGACAACUGCCAAGAAGAGUGCAACAAAGAAAUUCUUUAUGCCUGACGAUGUUGAAACAGGAUUUAGAAGUGUUGCUAGCAUGGUCAGGAAAGUUGGUGAUGACAAGUCACUUGAAGAGCGGAAAAGAGAAAAGACGUUUCUUGAUACGCUUGUGGAUUCAGAUAGUGACAGUAGUGAUGACAACUUUGGUCUGCCAAAGAAAGUUAAGGAGAAGAACCAGCAGACAUGCAUUGAUCUCACAAAUGAAGAUAUAGAUGAUGGAAAUAUUGAAGCAGUCACAACAAGCCUUGGGGACAAGGUACUUUCAGUACUGGAAAAGGAAGGAGAAGGUACAAACGAUGAAGAUAAAGAGUUGGUAGUCAAGAAACCUCCAAAGCGAAAAACUGUGAUGGAUAUAACUGUUCAUUCUGAAAGUGAUGGUGAUGAUAGUGACGUUGGGUUUGUAAAACCAAAAUCUUCGUUAUUAAUGGAUAAUCUGAAUAUUAAAGCUGUUAAAAGAAAAAAUGAUCCAGUUAUUAGGGAUGACGAUGAUGAGAGUGAUUUCAAGUUUAGCAGUGAUGAUGAGAAGGAUGUUCAGAUGGUGGAACGUCAAUCUGAUCCAGUAGUAAGCAAGAGUUUAGGAGUGAAGAAAAGAAAACCUAUGGUUCAAAUGCCAGUUGUUGAAGAGUUGCCAAAUGCUGUUUCUCGACACGAACCAACUAUUGACAGACCAUCACUUUCCAAAACGACUUUGGCUGCACCAGUGAAUCAAGUGCCAGAAACCAGAAAAUCUUUGGGUAUCAAAAGAUCUCGUCCGUUAAGUAUUAUUGAUCAGUUGAAGAAGCAAAAGCUGAAGUCCUGGAGUCCAACCAUAAAUGCGCUAUCCUCAGAGACUGAAUAUUCUACAACUGCAAGAAGCAAUGGAGCAACAUCAUCUUCAACCGGUUCAAGUAAAAGUGAUCCAAUAGCUAAAGCGUCGGUAAAUGGAACCUCCAACACUCCUAAACAAAACAACAGUUUCACCAAUAGUAUUUGUUUAGACACUGAUGACGAGAGUGAAGACGAUAAAAUAUUUGAUGAUGGUUUAGAUGAUGUACUUGGACAUAUCAGUUCGAGUACAGAACCCAAAGUCGAUACCAGUGUGAUUUUUGAGCCUAAUCAUGAUGAUGAGAAUGAAGGUUUUUUGACUAAUCUGCAGCUGGGAGACUUGUACACUAACUAUUAUAUGAUCCUUGAUCCUAGUGAACAAGUACAGUUUUAUGAUCCAGUUGAAGGAUUUUCAACCAAUGAAGAAUCGAACGUGGUAGAAGCCAAAGCUGGGGGUAAAAUAUCUCAUAGUGUAAAAACAGAAAGAUUACUUAAAGUAUUCAACUCGAAGGUAGAUCAUCGAUUGAAGAAGCUACCUCAACUGGAACAGGACAUAGAUUUAUCAUUUAUAGUACAGAAAUGA